AAGAGUGACUUCCGGCGUGUGACGUGUUGGCCGCUGCCGAACCGGAUCUUGGUGCCUCUACGGUUUAGAUUUCAGAUGCAAGUUGAAGAGGUGAUUAGGGGAGCAAUCUAACGCCCAAUCGGCGACACGAUGUUGCGGUGGCUUCUCGGAGCGGCGCUGCUGUGUCCGGCAGCCGGCUUCUACCUGCCGGGACUCGCUCCCGUGAGCUUCUGUGAGCCUGGAAAGGACCAAGUUCCAGACUGCAAGUCGACCAUCGAGCUGUUUGUGAACCGGUUGGACUCUGUAGAGUCCGUUCUGCCUUAUGAAUAUACUGCGUUCGACUUUUGCUCAAAAGAAUCCAAGAAUCGUCCAUCGGAGAAUCUGGGCCAGGUUCUUUUUGGGGAGAGGAUUGAGUCCUCCCCAUACAAGUUUGAGUUUAAGAAGCCUGUGGCGUGUGAGAAGGUGUGCACCCUCACCUACGACACCAACAACCCAUCAGACAAAGCCAAACUGGACUUCCUCAAGAAAGGCAUGUUGCUCAACUACCAGCAUCACUGGAUUGUGGAUAACAUGCCAGUCACCUGGUGCUACGAUGUUGAAGAUGGACAGAAGUUCUGCAAUCCUGGUUUCCCUAUUGGCUGUUUCGUCACAGAAGCAGGACGCCCCAAAGACGCCUGCGUGGUCAACUCUAACUUUAAUGAAAAGGAUGCUUUUUACAUCUUCAACCACGUGGACAUCACCAUCCAUUACCACAUCGUUGAGCAUGAACAGCUGGGGGCUCGUCUCGUUGCUGCCAAGAUUGAACCCAAAAGCUUUGAGAGCCCUAGUGAAGAUGGCCAGGCUUGCUCUGGGGGGCCCAAGUUCCUGAGAAACACACACUCUGGAGUGUUUGAGAUCCCAUACACCUACUCGGUCAACUUUGUGGAAGACAAGAAUAUUCGUUGGGCAUCUAGAUGGGACUACAUCCUGGAGUCAAUGCCUCACACCAACAUCCAGUGGUUCAGCAUAAUGAACUCCUUGGUGAUUGUGCUGUUCCUGUCUGGAAUGGUAGCAAUGAUCCUGCUGAGGACUCUGCAUAAAGACAUCGCCAGGUACAACCAGAUGGACUCUGUGGAGGACGCUCAGGAGGAGUUUGGCUGGAAGUUGGUCCAUGGAGACGUCUUCCGACCUCCAAGAAAGGGAAUGCUGCUGUCGGUGUUCCUCGGCUCUGGAACCCAGAUCUUCAUUAUGACCUUCGUCACCCUUUUCUUUGCCUGUCUUGGGUUCCUCUCUCCUGCGAACCGCGGGGCUCUGAUGACCUGUGCCGUGGUUCUCUGGGUUCUUCUGGGAGCUCCUGCUGGAUAUGUGGCUGCUCGCCUCUACAGAUCUUUUGGAGGAGAGAAGUGGAAGACCAACGUUCUGCUGACAGCCUUCCUCUGUCCUGGGGUGGUGUUUGCUGACUUCUUUGUGAUGAACCUGAUCCUGUGGGGUGAAGGCUCUUCAGCAGCCAUGCCCUUUGGGACCCUGGUAGCCAUUCUGGCUCUUUGGUUCUGUAUCUCCGUGCCGCUCACCUUUAUAGGGGCCUACUUUGGCUUCAAGAAGGCAGGCAUAGAGCACCCAGUGCGGACCAAUCAGAUUCCUCGUCAAGUCCCAGAUCAGUCCUUCUACACAAAGCCCUUUCCUGGUAUCAUCAUGGGAGGAAUUCUGCCUUUUGGAUGUAUAUUUAUUCAGCUGUUCUUCAUAUUGAACUCCAUCUGGUCCCAUCAGAUGUACUACAUGUUCGGCUUCCUUUUCCUCGUCUUCAUCAUCUUGGUCAUCACCUGCUCCGAGGCCACCAUCCUGCUUUGCUACUUCCACUUAUGUGCCGAGGACUACCAUUGGCAGUGGCGUUCCUUCCUCACCAGCGGCUUCACUGCGGUCUAUUUCCUGGUUUACGCCAUUCAUUACUUUUUCUCCAAGCUGCAAAUCACUGGACUGGCCAGCACCAUCCUGUACUUUGGAUACACCAUGAUCAUGGCUCUGAUCUUCUUCUUAUUCACAGGUUCAAUUGGCUUCUUCGCCUGUUUCUGGUUUGUUACAAAGAUCUACAGUGUGGUCAAAGUGGACUGAAGGAUCCAAACUGUCAACAGUCCAUCGGCUGCAAAUAGUUUUUCUCCCAUAAACCUGUGGAACUGACCCGGUCUGAACAAUGUGAACCAUCGCCUCAUUUCCUCAAGCAGAGAGAACGGUGCCUCAGACUCAUGUUUGCAUGUGAGUGGGUUGUCGUACAUCGAGUGUCUAUCUGCUUCCUGCACACGGGGCAGCGACCAGAGAGCAUGGCGGCCGUCGUGUCAUGCAUUUAGAGUUAGUUUUAUGAUCCAUGGACAUGGUUUUGCAGAUGUAUUUGGUGAUUGUAGUCCGCCAAAUGAGUAUUUGAAGAUCUGCUUCUUAACCUUACCAUUUCUUUUUGGAUAUUAUGUUUAAAUACGCCAAAAAUGUGUUUACAUGCACAUUUAAACACAGAAAGGGUUCAAAGACCUGUUCCCACCUUCUGUUGCUAAUCGAUGUGAGGCCUUCCUCCAGUUUUUCACGAUUGGUUUCGUGCAUUUCCAAAAAUUCCAAACCAUGUGUAACCAACCGAUGUAUUUUCUGGGCUAUUACAAGAUGGAAGAGGCAGUAAUAUGUUGUCAGAACAACAUGGUGUCUUUAACUCACUGAAUAAUUUACUGGAAUUGGAGGCUUUAUUUGAGCGGUUUAUAUAUUCCUGAAGCCAAAGAAAAGCAUGAAUUGAGUCGUUUUAGUUUACUUUACAUAAAACUUCAAUGUGAUUAUUUUGUCCGUAAUAUUAAGGUUUUCAAGAUGCUGUUCUUUUCAGUAUUAAGUUGGACAUUGAUCAAGGGUCACCACUCUGGAUCCAUUGGGACAGUGUGUUUUGAUGGGCUACAAGCUGCCUGUAUUGUUGGACUUGUGAUCUCUGGAGACGCAGGUGGCAUCUGCUGCGUGUCAAAUGCUUUGCUGCACGUCACAAAUUACUUCUUUUUUUUUCUGAUUAUUUGUGAAGCAUACCGUACAUCUGAUUAAAGCGAUAAAUUGC